GCGCAGUGCAACUCUUGUUGUGACUGCGAGGUCCUGUUUCAAUCACUGGCGUCGGACGGACGACACCGACUCAAAACCUUUUCACCUUCUCCCGAACGACGUCAAAAUACCUAUUGGAGAAAGGGGGGGAGAAGAAGCAGCUCCUCGGAGUUUUAAUUUGAAAGUGCCUCGCAGGGCUUUGAGAAUUUCCCCUUGUCGUGCUACUUUGAGGGUCCGACGGAUUUUUUUUAUUUUUUCCCCUUUCACCACGAUUCGCUAUAUAGUUAAAACUUUUCUUGUAUUUUUACGUGGUGGCUCGUAGAAGUAGACCCGCCUAUGACCUUCACGUCUUAAGAUUAUUUCUACACUUUACUGGAUCCGCCAUUAUUUGAUACACUCACACGCGCUCUGCAACAUUUUCGACACUUUUUCUUUCCCGUUUUCCUUUGAAUGCGUUGCAAAUAUGAUGACGUCACCGACGCCACUUUUUCCCGAAGUUAUGGCGGAGCACAACUGUUCUAACUUCUCUUGACCAUUGAGUGCACUUGGCUUUACUAAUGGAGCACCUCCAGGGAGCGUGGAAGACCCUGAGCAACGGCUUCGGAAUGAAGGACUCGGCGUUCGAGGGCCCGUGCCUCUCGCCGACCUCGGUCCAGGGCUUUUCCUGCCAGCGCCGCUCCUCCGACGACAGCAAGAUGCCCGACUCCAAGACCAGCAGCACCAUUCGCGUCUACCUCCCCAACCAGCAGCGCACUGUGGUGAACGUACGACCAGGUAUGACCCUGUACAGUUGCCUGAUUAAAGCGUUAAAGGUGAGAGGUCUGCAACCUCAGUGCUGCGCAGUGUUCAGGCUGCAUCCAGGACAGAGGAGUAAAAAAUCUCGGAUGGAUUGGAACACCGACUCCGCCUCCCUGAUUGGAGAAGAGCUGCUGGUGGAGGUUUUAGAUCACGUCCCCUUGACGACGCACAAUUUUGUCCGGAAGACCUACCUGAAACUGGCCUUCUGCGAUAUUUGCCAGAAGUUUCUUUUGAAUGGUUUUCGGUGCCAAACGUGCGGCUACAAGUUCCACGAGCACUGCAGCACCAAAGUGCCCACCAUGUGUGUGGACUGGAGCAACAUCAGACAACUCCUGUUGUGUCCGGCGCCCGGUGACAGCGGCGCCCCGUCGCUGCGCCCGCUGACGUCUCGGCGGAUGAGGGAGUCUUUGACGCGGUUCCCAAGCUCCGCUCACCGCUACUCCACCCCGCACGCCUUCAACUUCGCCGCGCCGUGCACGCCCACGGGCGGCUGGCUCUCCCAGAGGCAGCGCUCCACCUCCACGCCCAACGUCCACAUGGUCAGCACCACCCUGCCCGUAGACAGCAGCGUGAUCGAGCUAGACCGCCUGAGUGCCUCCCCCGGCUCCUGGUGCCGUAGGUUCUGGCUGAAGAGGAAAGUAGGUAUUGUGCACUUCUCCCAGUCUUUUGUCGAGGCCUCAUCCGAGAGUCCCGGAAAGGAUGCAAUGCGUGAUCACGACUCGGGCGGGAGUUCCCCCAGCCAGAGCCCCACAGGCUGGUCCCAGUCCAAAGCGCCUGCGCCCGCCCAGCGGGAGAGGGCCCCGUCCUUCAACAACCACGAGAAAAACAAAAUUAGGCCUCGGGACAAGCGGGACUCGAGCUACUACUGGGAGAUCGAGGCCAGCGAAGUGCAUCUGAACUCCCGCAUCGGAUCAGGCUCGUUUGGGACAGUGUACAAAGGGAAAUGGCACGGUGACGUAGCGGUGAAGAUUUUAAAGGUGACUGACCCCACACCGGAGCAGUUUCAGGCAUUCAGGAAUGAAGUGGCAGUCUUGAGGAAGACGCGGCACGUCAACAUCCUGCUGUUCAUGGGCUACAUGACGCAGGACAAUCUGGCCAUUGUGACCCAGUGGUGUGAAGGCAGCAGCCUCUACAAACACCUUCACGUCCUGGAGACCAACUUCAAGAUCAUCCAGCUCAUAGACAUCGCCCGGCAGACAGCUCAGGGCAUGGACUAUCUGCACGCGAAGAACAUCAUCCACCGGGACAUGAAGUCCAACAACAUCUUCCUGCAUGAGGGGCUGACGGUGAAAAUCGGGGACUUCGGUCUGGCGACGGUGAAGGCCAGGUGGAGUGGCUCGCAUCAGGUGGAGCAGCCUUCCGGAUCCAUCCUCUGGAUGGCUCCUGAGGUCAUCCGGAUGCAGGAUAACAACCCCUACAGCUUCCAGUCUGAUGUCUAUUCCUAUGGAAUUGUUCUCUUUGAGAUCCUGACCGGGGAGCUCCCGUACUCCCUGAUAGCCACCAGAGAUCAGAUUAUCUUCAUGGUGGGAAGAGGCUAUUUGUCCCCAGACCUCAGCAAGCUCUAUAAAAACUGCCCCAAAGCUAUGAAGAGGUUGGUGGCCGACUGCAUCAAGAAGUCCAAAGACGAGCGGCCCCUCUUCCCCCAGAUCUUGUCCUCCAUUGAGCUUCUCCAGCAUGCCUUACCUAAGAUAAACCGCAGUACCUCAGAGCCGUCCCUGCACCGAGCCGCCCACACCGAGGAUAUCAACAUCUGCACCCUGACCUCCACCAGACUGCCUUGUUUCUAGAGACUCAGCCAGCGCGCCUCCUCCUCUCCUCACAUCUCCCCGUAUGGAGAUAUCCACAAAUUCUCUACGUGGACAGAAAAAAAAAUGUACACGCGUAAAUUGCGCUAAUCAACAGAAUAAGUAAGGAGAGGAGAGGGGAGGAAAGGGCUCCGGAGUUCUACUUUUGGAAGGAAGUGAGUAAUUGGAAGAACACGUGAAGAGGCGAGCGUCGGAUGCAUAGCACUGCAUGUAUUAAGAAGUAUGCACAGGCUCCACGGGGGCAAUGCAUUUGGCAACAUUUGUAAAUAUGCGCGCACGCACGCCUACCUAAGACAACGCGGAAGUGGACACUGAAGGAAGCUCGAGAGGAAGACGGACGUGUCUCUCUUGAUUCGGGUUUGGUGAUGUGAAGCACACCUUUUUUUUUUUUUGCCAUCCGGCUGCCUUUUUUUCAGCUUAUAUGCCUUUAAGAGGAAGCAAAGCCUGGCCUGAGAUCCCACACAGCUCGCCUCCUCUGGUUGGUUGUAAUCCAUCUAGCUUUAUUUAGCAUUGUCUCAAAUGAUAAUGGCGUAGAUAUGGUAAGUUUUUUUUUUUUUUUUUUUAAUUCUUUUUUUUGGGGGGGGAGGGUUAUUUUGGAGGACCUGUAGCAUGUCGAACAGCGAGCACGAGUGAUGGCAGAUCAAAUUGAAUUUGCAUAUUUUUCGCAAAAGCAAUGGUUACGUUUGAACGGUUUCCACAGUGGCUUCGUAGCGCUCAGUAAAUGAUCCGUAGAUACGAACACAUUCUUAUCAAUGUGUGGCGGUUGUCUUAAAUGCUUAAAAUGAUUUGGAAACUAAUUUGUAUUCGUUGUCUUUGUCUCUUUCCGGAGGUUAAACGUGUUAAUGUGUACUUGGUGAGAGUUGUCUAUUCGAUAUUUUAAUAAAAUUAAGUUAAAUUGUUAUA